AGAUACGGGUUACUGUUACAUACUACAUUGGGUUUUUUUGACAAUUUGUACAUCUAACGUGCCCAAACGCCAAAUGGGCCAAACCAACGUUAUCCUAUCGGACACCACACAUUUUCUCAGAGUCUCAACGCUCCCAAAAUCUCAGCCUCAUUUCACCUUCCCACAAAAUUAUGGCGAGUCUCCAAUUUCCUUUCUUUCCUCUCACCAAACUAAACCACCCCACCAAACUGCACACCACCACCAGCCAGCGGUUCACCAGCAAGCCACACCCCGGCUCGCUUAGAUCCUCAGCCACCAUUGUCCGGUCUUACAAAGUGGUGAUAGAGCAUGAGGGUCAGUCAACAGAACUAGAGGUGGAGCCUGACGAGACCAUUCUAGCCAAGGCACUGGACUCUGGCAUGGAUGUGCCUCAUGACUGCAAGCUUGGGGUCUGCAUGACUUGCCCUGCUCGACUUGUGAGCGGGGAGGUUGAUCAGAGUGAAGGUAUGCUCAGUGAUGAUGUGGUGGCACGUGGGUACACACUGCUAUGCGCUUCUUAUCCGAAAUCAGAUUGCCAUAUCAAGACCAUCCCUGAGGAUGAGUUGCUUUCCCUGCAGUUAGCAACUGCUAAUGACUGACUCCAUUUUGAGUGGCUUGAUGUUUAAGUAAAAGUUUUUGAUUUUGUUUAUCCUUUUGGAAUGUUGAAUGAUUUGAUAUUUAGGUUUUUCAAUCACGCAAAUCAUGACAAAAAAGCAAUAGAGGGGUUAUCAAUUACAUGAAAAUGGUUGAACCCCAAUGCAUCACAAUUCUUCCAGGAUAUGCCUAAUAAAGUGACAUUUUAACACUUUGUUCUGUUUCUUUCAUAAAUCAUAAGAAUUGAA